UCAUUACCAGAGCCGAAAUGGCAGAUGCUGGAAACCCUGUAAUGAAGCGACUGCUGUUAAAGAUUACAUAGUCUAUGUUCGUGCUCUUUGUUGUAAAAUCGCUUUACAUGUUGCAAUUACAGCAUUGGACAUUAAUAACACCGGAGGCUUUGCUAUGUUGAAACGUGUUAGCAAUGACUGAUGUGGAGUCGACGUAUGCGGACUUCAUCGCCUCUGGUCGAACUGGAAGAAGGAAUGCUCUGCAUGAUAUCCUGGAGAGUCCAACCGAUUCGGAAGCUAGGGAGUUAUCCCUGAGCUUAUCCCAACUCAACAUACGCAAAACCGGUGAAGGCGAUGACUCUGAGGAAAGCCACGCCUCGUCUUCAGAUCCACCAGAGUCAGAAGAGGGUAAACAGGAAGGGAGCAGUUAAUCAGCUAACCUGAGCCCUCCCUGCCUCAGUAAUCACCACGUACUGUGCCGUGAAAAAGUAUUCCUGAUUUCCUCUAUUAUUGCCAUAUUUGUCACACUGGAUACUUUCAGAUCAUUAGACAAAAUGUAAUAUUAGACUGAAGGUAAACUCAACAAGUAAACACAAAAACAUUUUAAAAAUGAUUUAAUUGAAUUACUGAAAAAAAGGUAUGAAACACCCAUAUCACCUAUGUGAAAAAGCAAUUGCCCCAUAGUUACAGUACUCAAUCAACUAAUUAACCAAAUUUAAUUGAUAUUAAUUGAUAAUUAGAUUCAGCUGAUUGAUCACUCAUAGUGAACCUUACCAUCAGAGUGAAUCAGUCACAACAAAGUUUCUACAAAAACACUAUGCCACGAUCAAAGGAAAUUCCCGAAGAGGUGAAAAAAAAAGUUAUUGAAAUAUAUCAAUCUGGAAAGGGUUACAGAGCCAUUUCUAAGGUUCUGGAACUCCACCGAAGCACUGUGAGAGCCAUUAUCUCGAAAUGGAGAACACUUGGAACAGUAGUGAAUCUUCCCAGGAGUGGCCGUCCUGCCAAAAUUUCUCCAAGAGCACAGCGACAACUCAUCCGGGAAGUCACAAAAGAUCCUGGAAGAACAUCCAAAGAGCUGCAGGCCUCUCUAGCCUCAGCUAAGGUCAGUGUUCAUGAGUCCACAAUAAGAAAGAGACUGCUCAAAAAUGGGAUUCAUGGAAGAGUGGCAAGGCGGAAACCACUGCUAACCAAGAGAAACAUCAAUGCUCGUCUCACAAUUGCAAAAAAGCCCCAAGAUGAUCCUCAAGCCCUUUGGGAUGUUGUGUGGAACAAUGUUCCAUGGGCCGAUGAGUCAAAAGUGGAACUUUUUGGACGACACGGGUCACGGGACUUCCCUGUAAUGGAGGACAGAGAUGCUUCAGGUGAAGGCGAUGACUCUGAGGAAAGCCACGCCUCUUCUUCAGAUCCACCAAAAUCAAAAGAGGUUAAACAGGAAGGGAGCGGUUAAUCAGCUAACCUGAGCCCUCCCUGCCCCAGUAAUCACCACAUACUGCACCUGCCUGCUGACCUGUCCUACGUUUCUUCCCUCUCCUCUCCCCUCUUUACCCUGGGGCCAAAGCUGCCAAGGCUGGGGACUCUGACUCUGGCCUUCAAAAAUGACCACCUCAAAGGCCGUACAGUCUGCCAGCCCCUGUGGCCCCUGUGGCCCCUGCCACAGGAAGGCCCGGGCAUUAAACCCCCGGAUUGUGCAGCCCGCUGCGUCCGUGUCUGCGUCUUUAAAUGACUGCUGAAGGGGCUUGACCACACCACCGGACUCCACGGCACUGUUGGAGGGCCUUUUUCUGCCGUACGGAGAGCCAAAAGAAUGGAGAUGGACUGUGAGAUAGAGAGGUUUGAGCUCUCAGGCUCAGUGUUGACCAGAGGGGGGGUUCCCCCUCCCACUCCCAGCAAUUUAGUAUGGGAAGGAGCAAAGUUUUAACCAGUUAUGCAUUGGGGUGAGUUGGCUCAGGCUGGAGGGUGUGCUGGUUUGGGGAACAACAGCCAUGGCGGGGGAACAUGUACACCUGCACAGGCCUUUCCUGUGUUCCCAGCACCUGGACCGAUGGAAAGCACCGUUGUAGUUCUUGCUGUUCUUUCUAUAUCUCACGUUUAGUUUGUGCGACGUUGCCGUUGCCACCAGGAGGAUAAAGGCAGACCGACUGCCAGAACUUGCUUCCAGCAGGAUUUCCUGUCAAAAGUGCUGUAAAAGCUAAUCAAAUGUGGCUUCACAAAAUGUGCGUAGUGUGUUUGUUACCGUAUAUUGACUGCCAAUUUUUUUUGCGAGAAGUUUCUGUUAAUUUAUUUGUUUUUACAACAGAAAUAGAAAAAAGGUAGGACUUUUGAUAUCUUUAUUUAUUGUAGUAAUGUCCUGUUAUUUCAACCACACUUUUGUUAAAACUGCAUUUUACAUGACUUUGCAGUAUGUGACAUUUGAUUUUGUAAAAUAGUGUAAAAAGGUUUUUGUGUUUUUUAUAUAUACCAACACUGUCCAGAAGGGGGCUCCCAAGUUAGCUGUGACCUGCUAUGAGGCAUAAAUAAAGUUCACACUGAGGGGAUACUGCUGUACUGGAGUGGCAGUGCACAGAUAUUGUUACCUGUGUGCAAAUCUCCCAUGAUGCCACAGUGCAGAUCUUACCAUAUGCCCUGCGUCACCCAUCCCCACACAUACAGCAUUAAGACUGUGCCUGUUAACCCUUGUUACAUUUUCAUGGUUGAGAAUCUACUGUAUAGCCUUCUUUAUUAGAAUAUGCUUCCCUUUCCAAGAUCAACUGUGAACAGCCCCAUUAUAACAAUGACAAGAGAAGAGUGUUCCUCUUCUAUGUCAGUCUUCCCCGCAUCCUUCAUUCUCAGCUUUGAAAUGCUUAUCGCCGCUCUUCUGGUUAAAACUGUCAUUUGCGGCUUAAACCUUUUUGAUGCAGCCACAGUGCAGCCACGAACAGCAUCUUAAACACAUGAACAAAGCCUGCAUGCACAAGCGACUAUUUUACUAAAGCUUCCGAUACUAAUAGGGCUAUUCUGUAUACGUGCUGUCACAAUAGAUGUGUGUAGAUUUGCAAUUAACGAGGCACAUAUGGUACGGUUUGUAUAGAGCCUUUCAUUGAGAAUACUGUUUUGGAUUUAUCUUAUUCUUAAACCCAAGACCCCCCAAAAAUAAAUGAAUAAAUAACAUAAAAUUGGACAGUGCACGAUGAAAAAUCGCUGACAUGCCAUUAAAUUGUUCGAUGGGAACAAGGCUAAGCAUAGCCAAAUAUAACCAUUAAUAUAUCUGUGAAUUAUUAAUAGAAUAUGCAAUACAUUUUUUUCUAUAUUGUGAUACUCGAGGCAGACUAGCAUGCCGUUUCUAAGGGUUGAUAAAAUCAAAUCCUUCACUUUCCUUCUCUUUGAAUCUCUUAUAACUGUUAUUUACAAUGUCUCAUUUUAAAUAUACAAAUACAUAUUUGAUGAUUUCUUGCUGAAACUAUGAUAUUGUAUAAUUCAUUAAUUUCCAUCCUCUGGUAAUUGUGUAAUGUAAUAUCAUUGGUGUUAUAAUUGUUAAAUGCAGAUGUCUGUUUAAUUUAUUUGUACAUUUAAAAAUAAUAAACUGUUAAUCCUGAA